AUGGCAGACUGUUUCACGUGUGACUCCGCGCGAGUCAUGCACGUCUGCGUAUUAUCCGCCUUCUCGUUUGCUGCUCUUACCUCUGUCGUUCUCCGAUUGUCAGCGCGCAAGCUUCAGAAAUUUAGGCUGGAGCUGAAUGACUAUCUGUGCAUAGCCGGCUUAGUCUUUACCUUAGCAUUGACAAUCUUCACAAUGCAUUCCACCAUUUUCCCGGUCCUGGACCCAGCCAACCCCGACAUAAACUGGGGCGACAAAGCGUUGCUCGUGGGACAGCUCCUCUGGGUUACAUCCGUGACAUUUAUCCGGGCCUCUGUCCUGACUCUCUAUAUCCGAAUUUUCCGGACGCUGUCUUUUCGUACAACCUGCUACGUGAUCCAAGGCAUCAAUCUGGCCUAUUUUGGUGCCGUAGUCCUAGCUUGCUGUUUGAUAUGCCGGCCGUUUGCAUUUCUCUGGAAUCAGUCCAUCGAUGGCUUCUGUGGUGAUCAGAAGUCUCUCGAUCUGUUCAUCGGAGUAUUCAACCUCAUGAUGGACGUCACGACUGUUGCGCUCCCGAUGCCCGUUCUGUGGGGUCUUCAAAUGCGGAUGAGGCAGAAGCUCGUCAUAACCGGCAUGUUCUCGAUGGGAGUAGUAAUCUGCGCCAUCACUGUGGUCCGGAUUAUAAUAACAACGGGCAUUAAUGCGCAGAAUACGCAGCAGCAGUACGCGAUAAUCGCCCUUCUAACAUGCCUCGAAGCCCUGCUUGGCAUCGUUAACGCCUGCCUGCCAGUGAUGAAGCCCAUUUUCAGCAAGCUGGGAGCGAUCAGCAUCUUCAGCUCAUUUCGGACCAGGACAUCAACCGUCAACUCAAGCAUACACAAUAAGUCUCUGCGAGCGGGUCGCAAGAAUCAUGUGUCGUCUCGAGGAGGAAAGUAUCCGCAUAUCAGUCCGCCUAGGCAGAUAGUGCACAAAGAAUCACUUCUUAUGUUCUCUUCAGAUCUGCCACUAGAUGUUCGAGCACCAUCGAUUCCACUACCGACCUUUUCAUGGCGACCAUUGUCCAGGUAUUAUCUUCCCAGGGCAGAAUGGGAGCAUGACCCGUCGGAAAUGAGGAAAGACAACGGAAUUGGAGUCACGACAGAUUGGGAUGUUGGUCAUCGCCCGUCGGAGGGCGAUUCGCCCACCCUACCAUGGCAACCUCAGUGGCAAAGUCACCACAAAGAAGUUAUCGGCAGGUGCUGA